GGAACUCGCCCAUUACAGCAGAGCAUUUUAGUUGGCUGAGAGAGCGCGGGUGCACAUUCAACAUCCCGUUCGCUUGUCUUUUCAUCUUCUGCAUAGAUAUAUCAGUGUUCUUUUGAGCUAUUCAAGGAGACCAAAGGCAAGCUGAGCAACAUGAAUCCGUUGUGUAGCAGAUGUGACAAGGUUGUGUACCCUACGGAAAAAGUCAAUUGUCUGGACAAGUAUUGGCACAAAGGAUGUUUCAGCUGUGAGGUCUGCAAAAUGACUCUGAAUAUGAAGAACUACAAAGGCUUUGACAAGAAACCUUACUGCAGCCAACAUUACCCUAAAACGUCCUUCACCAUCGUGGCCGAUACACCAGAGAACCUUCGACUCAAGCAGCAGAGCAAAAUGCAGAGUCAAGUGCUGUACAAAGAGGAGUUUGAGAAGAGUAAAGGGAAGGGCUUCAGUGUGGUGGCUGAUACACCAGAGAUGCAGAGGGUGAAGAAAUUACAAGAUCAGAUCAGCAAUAUAAAGUAUCAUGAGGAAUUUGAAAAAAGUCGGAUGGGGGGAGAUGGCUCACCCACUGACGCCUUCACUAGUCCGGGCUUUCAGCAACCAGCUCACUCUCCGAGCUACAACUAUGAUCCACAGCCUGUGCGUUCGGCUGCUGCUCCUCCACCGCCCUCUAGUGGUGGGAAGUGCUAUAGGGCAGUGUACGACUAUGCCGCUGCUGAUGAGGACGAGGUAUCAUUUGCAGAUGGGGACUUGAUAGUGGACGUGCAGCAGAUAGACGAGGGCUGGAUGUUCGGACGCGUGGAGCGCACAGGAAAGCAGGGGAUGCUCCCAUCCAACUAUGUACAACCAAUCUAAGGAAGAAUGGGUGGGGGUAUAGAGGACGAAAGGGAUACAGGAGUGCGGGAUGCACUGAAGAGCGCAUGACAAUUCUGGUUACGUUUCAGUUUCUUUUCUGUUUUUAAUUUGCCCCAGUGUAUGUUAUGAUACGUUCAUCCUGAUCUGAAGCAAGGCAGAAGAACUCAACCAGACAUCUAGGCUUUAAGCUAGACUCUUGGCAUUUGAGCAAGCAUUAUGUUUUUCUUAUUUUCAGUUUGGCUUUUUGUUUGUGUUUUUUAAAGUGAUAGUUCACCCAACAAUGAAAAUACUGUCAUCAUUUACUCACCUUCAUAUCAUUUAAAACCCAUUUGACUUUCUUCUGUGGAACACAAGGGAGGGUCAUACAAAGUCAAACGGGUUUGGAACAACAUGAGGGUGAGUAAAUGAUGACAAAAUUAAAACAUUUCGGCCAACUAUCCCUGUGAGCUCUCCCUGCAAUGCUGCAUAGUUUUGGUGGGGUUAUGCAUUGCUUUGCUGCUGUGUUGAAAUUCUGCAGAUUGUUUUCUGUCUUUGAUUUUAAAACCGUGCAGUGAAGUGGAUAAAACUUCCCAUGGACCUUUUUAAGAUGAUUGGGUAAUGCUAAUCGGUACGUUCGGAUUGUAGAAUCGGCUGGGAAUUUGUAAUAUUAUAUAAAUGGCCGUAUGAAUGGACAACAUUCAUCAUGCAAACAAUGUCUUAAGCAGUACAAAGUCUUAAACAGUGGUCGUCUUCUACCACAAGCACUGCAGAACGGUUAAAGAAUACUUUAUUAUGCACUUUGAGGGAAUACCAAAAAGAAUAUUAGGUUUUAUAUGAAAAAAAAAAGUUUUUUCUUGGCAAGUAGGCACAGUAAACACUGAAAGCUGUUGUCCUUCAAGAAUAAGAACCACAAAACAAUGAUGUUUUAUAGAAUUAUAAUAAAAAAUGUUUAGUAUAAUCACCAGUUUUUAUCAUUCCAUUGUUAUUUUGUAACAAAGCAUUCCAGUCCGUUAUAUUGAAUAAUAAAGUGAUAAUUAAAGCAAUGAAA